AUGAGACAAGGGCAGAAUAUCUGGUCUCAUGUUAAAAAUGUUUUUCGUCCAUAUGCUCCAGCUUUCAAAGGAUUAAAAAUACCAACUCAAACUGAAGCUCUGUCUCUUUCGAGUUCCCAGAAGGUUUCAGUACCGUGCCCGGAUAACUCGAGCAGAAAGAAAGAACAGACUUUUCAAACUUUAAAAGAUCAAAAUAAAAUUGCAGAGGAGCUCGCCAAUUAUUAUGAAAAGCAUUUUGCUGAACCAAAACCCGACUUAAAUAAUCCUUUUCACAGAGAAUACUUAGAUGCUUAUGAAAGAAUAAAAUCAAUGCCAAAUUUGUCUUUAGAACAAAUUAAAUUUGAAGAGGUUCAAUUGCAGUGGAAAAAGUGUAAAACCGUAGAACUAUUUAACGGGACAGUAAUUAUAACCGAUAUGCCUGAAUCGAUGAAGCAUUAUUGGACAAAAAUUAGUUUAUGUGAGAUACUUAAAAAAGCCUCGUCGAAACAUACAACACCACCGAUUGACGUAUUAGUUGAAAUACCUGUUAUAUUUGACAGCGAUCUGUUUCAGCCACACAUAACAAUUGUUGAUCGCGCCAAAUAUGUUAACCGUUGCCGAUGUAAUCCAACGAACGAAAUGGUAUUAACUGUCAUUGAAGUUUCAUUAUCCUCUUUGAUGGACGAUGUCAACAACAAGGUUUUCAGAUAUGCUGCGGCAAAUGCGAAGGAAGUAUGGGUGGUGGAUUUACUGCCCGAAGUCGUGCAUGUAUAUGAGAAACCGAAAAAUGGUGUGUAUCAAAGUGUAACCAUUUUAACGGUCGAUAAAUUUAUCGAAUUUUGUGGUAAGAAAAUACCAGUGUGUGAAAUAUUUCGUGAAAACGGCCGAGGAAGAAAACGAAAAACAUCAAAAGAAGCCGAUGAAUUAAUUGUUAAGAAAAUUGCCACCGAUCGUAGGAAAUCUUCCAAGGUUAUUCGACAGGAAGUAGCCACAGAAUUAGGAGUUACAAUUUCGGAAAGGACAACUAGACGUAGACUGAAUGAGGUUGGAUAUUACGGACAAGUUGCACGAAAAAAACCGCUGACAAAACAGUCUCAUCGUUUAAAACGACUCGGCUACAGUUACAGUUAUUCGACGAAGAAAAAUAAAUUUUGGGAAACUGUUAUAUGGUCAGACGAAGCCAAAUUUAAUUUGUUUAGAUCUGAUGGAAAAAUAAUGGUCUGGAGAGCUGUCGGCGAAGUAUUCUCUCCCGUGUGCAUAGUAUCAACGGUCGCUCACGGCGGAGGGAACCUCAUAGUUUGGGGUUGUAUGUCCCGAAAGGGAGUGGAUCAGUUAGUAUUUAUUGAAGGGAGUUUGAAAAUUGAAUUGCGUACAAUGCUACUAUACUGA